AUGGCGGCUGUAGAUUUCAGCCGCUACAAGCGCAUUGUACAAUAUCUUUGGGAUCCAGCACCAACCAACCUCGACAGUUCAGAUCUUCCACUGUGGUGUCUAGGAGAUCAAUAUACGGCCACCUCUAUGUCGAAGCACGCCUCUGCUCCUGGUGAUACGGACUUACCUUCACAUGAUAGCUCUCACGAAACACCACAAAAACGAACUGAUGUCGAGAAAUCAAUACAAGCGGUUACACCUCCGGAAAGCGUUGGUGGAGGUAUAGACUCCGGCUUUUUUCAAGAGGGAACAGAUGUUGAAGAUGGAGGUUGGCCAGUUGCAUUCCUUGACGACUUCGAAUCUAAAUUACGGUUUUCCUACCGGACUGGCUUUCCGGUUAUUCCAAGGUCAGAGGACCCGAAAGCGUCCUCUACGAUGAGCUUCUCAGUCCGGCUGCGGAGCCAACUGAGCGAUCAGGGUGGAUUUUCUUCAGAUACUGGCUGGGGUUGUAUGAUCAGGUCGGGGCAAAGUCUUUUGGCCAAUUCCAUGGUGAUACUGCGGCUCUCUCGAGGCUGGCGUCGUGGUGUGGGCAGAGACAAAGAACGGGAGAUAGUGUCACUCUUCGCAGAUGACCCUAGGGCGCCGUAUUCCAUCCACAAGUUUGUUGAACAUGGCGCGGAAGCUUGUGGUAAAUAUCCCGGGCAGUGGUUCGGGCCAUCGGCCACAGCGCGAUGUAUACAGGAACUGGCAAAACGCCACGAAUCAGCAGAUGUGAGAGUCUAUAUCACUGGCGACGGAUCGGACGUUUACAAGGAUGGUUUCAUGAGUGUUGCCAAACCUGAUGGUGUGAACUUCAAACCUACCCUUAUACUUGUGGGGACACGUCUAGGUAUAGAUAAAGUUACUCCCGUUUACUGGGAGGCGUUAAAAGCAUCACUGCAGAUGCCACAAUCAGUGGGGAUUGCAGGUGGCCGCCCGUCUUCUUCUCAUUAUUUUGUUGGAGUUCAAGGUUCACAUUUCUUCUACCUUGACCCGCACCAGACCAUGGCUGCCAUUCCUUUUCAUACAGAUGUUGAUGAGUAUACCCCUGCAGAAAUUGACUCCUGCCAUACCCGACGGUUACGAAGGUUGGACAUCAAAGAGAUGGACCCGAGCAUGCUUAUUGGCUUUCUUAUCCGAGAUGAAAAAGAUUGGGAGGCAUGGUCCGAUGAAAUUAAGAGAUUUCCUGGCAAGGGUAUCGUGCAUAUCGCCGACAACGAUCCGGCUCAACAGAGCCUGAGUCACGAGCGUGACGGCGCCAUUGACGAUGUCGAAUCCUUCGACGAGGAUGACAGUGAAGAUUACGGCGAAGAACCUCCCCAUUCUUGA